AUGUGGGUCCUACCAUUGCUUGGUUACCUAGGCUUGGCGCUGGGAUUCCUCUUCCUCACUCUAGCCAUUGCCUCUGGCCUCUACUACCUCUCGGAACUCGUUGAGGAACACGCGGUACCGGCUAAGAAGAUUCUAACGCGCCUCAUCUAUGUUGUGAUCGGAUUGCAGAUACUACUUGCGGUUGUCGACCGUUUCCCUGUAACGCUCUCAGCACUCAGCAUAGGCAGCCAUGUUGUCUACAUGCAGAAUUUGCGGCGCUUUCCUAUCGUCAAACUGACGGACCCCAUAUUCAUCUCUUCAUGCGCUCUAGUAAUCCUCAACCACUGGCUAUGGUUCAGACACUUUAGCGCACCGCCUGCAAAUGCCGACCGAUACAACUACUACGCACAGGCGAACAUACCGACCUUCACCGAGGUCGCAUCGUUUUUCGGUCUGAACGUCUGGCUUGUGCCUUUUGCGUUAUUCGUAAGCCUCAGUGCGGGAGAGAACGUACUGCCCAGUAUGGGCUCAGAAUAUGCAACUGGUCAGGGCAGCAGCUUCAUCUCACCAGGGCAGGAGCCCAAUACUGGCGGGCCGAUGGGCGUGAACGGUAGUGCAAGAAGGACACGGCACAAAAGAUCAAAUACGCAGACAGGAAUGGCCAAAGCUGCCGUCAACAGCGUGCGGGAAUGGGCGGGCGAAACAGGGGAGCUGCUUGGAUUUUGGAGGGGCGAGAGAACGCGACCGCUAUGA